UGAGAAAACCACAGAAGAAGAGAAGCAGGAAGCACCAGCCUGCAGCAUGAGGAGGAGGAGAACUUAGUGGAGCUGUAUUAUUAUUUUUAUUUUAUAUUAUACAUCUAGUUUAUGAGCAGGAGGAGCUGCUGAUGGGAACCAGCCUUCAUCUUGGUGUCGUUUUGAUCCAGGAUGGAAAAGGUGAUCAGCUGUUUCCAGAAGAGGCCUGAUGCAGUUUCCAGGCUGAUCUGUUUCCCCUGGGCAGGUGGAGGCUCCGUCCACUACGCCCGCUGGGGAAACAUCCUCAACUCCUCCACUGAAGUGUUCUCAGUGAAGCUUCCCGGCAGAGAGAGUCGUUCCAGAGAACCGUUCUUUGAGAACAUGCAGCAGAUCGUGAAUGAAGUUGUGGACACGUUGCUGCCGCUGCUGAAGGAGAAACCGUUUGCUCUGUUUGGACACAGCUUCGGAGCCUUUACGAGCUUCGCUGUCGCAGAUGUUCUGAAGAAACGUCACCACAUGGAACCUGCUCACAUCUUCCUGUCUGGAGCUUCUGCUCCUUAUUCAGAGAUUCGGAUCAAAGCUCCAAAGAGAAGCCAGAUGUCGGAUGAAGACUUCCUGAGAUGGUUGACGUCCGUCGGAGGAACUCCUGCUGAGCUGCUGAAGAACCCUGAAGUCCUGAAGCUCUUCCUGCCAUCGCUGAAGGCCGACCUGCAUGUCGUGGAGAACUUCAGGUCUGAGCGGCCCGACGCUCCCUUCCUGUCCUGUCCAAUCACAUGCUUCGAUGGAAAAGACGACGCUCCUCAUGACAUACAAGCCUGGAAAGACGUCACAUCUGGAGAUUUUACCGUUAAGAUGUUUGAAGGAUCUCACUUCUACCUGAAGGAGCCAGAAAACGAGAAGAUCAUCUUAGACUACAUCAGCAAGCACCUGGAAACAUCCCAGAUGGACUAUUUAUGAUAAGAAUAAGAAUAAUAGAGGAGUUUAUUUUAAAUAAUUUAUCACACAGUGUCACUGUCAGUCCCACAUGCUUUACAUUUAAAUACAUGCUGAAUAAAUAGAAUAAUAAGAUCCAAAACUUAGACUGAGAAUAAACUGGUUGGAAUUAAAAAUCAAGUUUGAAAACGUGACAAUGGGCCAAAUUUUAGAAAUAAAUAUUCUUUGGUGCUUUAAUAACAGUCUGCAAAUGAAUGAUAUUUGUGUUUUUGUCCAGAAUAUUGAAUUAUUUUACACAUCUCUUGCAGAGGGCCAAAUGAAAACACUUAACACGAACUAAAACUGUGUACAGCAGCUUUUUGUACUAAUUUAUCAUGAUGUUAUUUAAUUCUAAUCAGUUCUGUCACUGUCAGCCUCAGAAAUAUAACAUUCAAUUGAAAUGUAACCCUGUUUCUGCACCCGAAAAGUCUCAAAACUAAACAUAUUUGCAAUAAAUGCGUUGCUGUUCUUGAUUUCUUUGAUUUCUGAGUCCCAUCAAUUCCUGCCGCCCGCUGCAUAUUUAGGUCACAUGAUCUGGUAUCUGUCCGUAACGUUCACAUGCAGAACACGCCUGUGCAUUAUGCAUGUGUACGUCAUUUAGUUUGUGGGUUCAUCUAUAUUAAAUGGACACAUUCUAUGGUGCUGUGAUUUCUGAUCAUCAAUAACUAAUAAAUAAACAAAUGCUGCUUUUC